AUGGCCUCCAAUCCUCCCGGACAAUGCUGUGUUACCGGCUUUCUACAUGAAGGGACCCCUACAGGCGAGACAGGAAAGAUCGAUAACAUACGAACGUACUUUUCUUACCCUAAGCAAGAGCCCAGCAAUUCCUCGGAUACAGCAAUUAUCUUCAUCACCGAUGUUUUUGGGAUGGAUUAUAUCAAUUCCCAGCUACAAGCCGACAGAUUUGCAGAGUCACUGAAAUCUACUGUCGUAAUACCGGAUAUAUUUAAUGGAGAUGCAAUUGCGUCCGAUGCUUUCAAGAAAGGAUCCGUUGAUUUGGACACAUGGUUGAAGCGUCAUAGCACAGAGUCUAUUGACCCCAUUAUCGAAACGACUAUCCGCUACUUGAGGGAAGAGAAGGGGUUCAAAAACAUUGGCGCCGUUGGGUAUUGCUUCGGUGCGAAGUACGUUGUCCGCUUCUUAGAAUCUGGACGCAGCCAGACCCUUGACGCGGGAUACAUCGCUCACCCCUCGUUUGUAACUCAUGGUGAACUUGCAGCUGUUCAGAAGCCAUUAUCCAUCAGUGCAUCCGAAAUUGACUCUGUUUUCACACGACAACUGCGAUACGAAUCAGAGGAAAUCCUUGCCAAAACCGGACAGCCCUGGCAAAUUACGGUGUUCAGUGGCGUCCCCCACGGUUUUGCUGUCAGGGUGAAACUGGAAAACAGACACCAGUACUGGGCCAAAGAGCAGGCCUUUGCUCAUGCAGUCGCUUGGUUUGUGGAAUAUCUGAAAUAG